GCUCUGCUAAUACUAACAACAACCUGAAAUUCCCUUUCGUCCCUGCUCGACGGGUGGGUCUUGCAGUCAAGCUUUGUCAAAGAACUUCUUGGCGGCGACUUCUUCUCGUCUUCAUCCAUCUUUUCUAUUUAGAGUCCUUCCUCUUCCGGGAUGGAAGAUAAAGCAGCUGUAACCAAUGGGACCCAACCUACAUCAGCUGAAGCAGUUCCUCUUCUUCAAUGGAGCAAAUGGCAGUUACUGGAUUCCAUUCUCCCUACYGGUGGCUUUGCUCAUUCCUUUGGUCUCGAGGCUGCAAUGCAAGCUCGUAUCGUCUCUCACCCUGAAGAUCUUCGCAUGUUCGUCAUUCACGUCCUCGAGAACACCGCGAGCCUACUCCUUCCGUUCGUUUACUCAGCAACUAAUUCACCCAAUCUUAAAACAUGGCACCAGCUCGACAYCAUAUUGGAUGCAACACUAACUAAUGAGGUUAGCCGAAAGGCAUCGGUUUCACAAGGAUCCGCAUUAAUGAGGGUAGCUGCUUCARUUUUUUUGGAGAUUCCGUCUCUGAAAACGAUGAGAAAUGUGUCUUUGAGCUCUGGGGAUGUUUGUUUCCACCAUGCCCCAAUUUUUGGGYUGGUUUGUGGAUUAAUCGGGUUAGAUAGUGAAACAUCUCAAAGGGCAUUCAUGUUUGUGACAAUGARAGAUAUUAUAUCGGCAGCAACCAGGCUGAAUCUGAUCGGACCGCUUGCUGCUGCUGUAUUGCAACACCAGGUUGGUUUUGUUGCUGAAGAGAUUUUGAGGAAAUGGAAAAACCGGGAAAUGGAUGAAGCAUGCCAAACGAGUCCUCUGCUUGAUACCGUACAGGGUUGCCAUAGCUACUUGUUUUCAAGACUUUUCUGCUCCUAAAAUAAGGUUAGAAUUUAAAGCUCAUUUUUCACUUACGUUAUCCUAAAAUAUGGUAAUUGUGCGGAYUCAGGUAUUUCAUGAUACCGUUCAUUACUUUUGUUGAACUCAUCAUAUAAAAAUGUGAUCCCAAUCACAAAGCCGAUUACAUC